GCUGCGGAAGGAGCUGUCAGUUGCGUUCCACCAACAGAGGCUAUUUCUUCUGCUAAUGCGGCGCUAAUUCAAACAACAAAUGUAAUUUCCGCAACACAGGGCCAAAAUGGGAUUCACACCGAGGCGCUUCAUGGGCUCCAAACCGCCCAAAGUGUCCCUUCUGCUGCCUUUCCUCCUGCCGGUCCUACUCGUCGGUGGCCAAGGCGACGAGAACGCCGCUCUGGAUAAUGUCGUUACCGAGAGGAUGGCCGAGGAGAGCCACCGACAAGAUAGUGCCUAUUUGCUCAUAUUCAUAAUGCUACUGACGCUCACCAUCCUCACCAUAUGGCUCUUCAAGCACCGCCGCUUCAGGUUCCUGCAUGAAACUGGGCUUGCUAUGAUCUACGGUCUCUUGGUGGGAGUGAUCCUGCGCUUUGGCAUUCAUGUGCCCCAAAGCACGAACGACGUGGUUCUGGAAUGUGCCGUCAACGCCAGCCCUGCCACUCUGCUGGUCAACGUCAGCGGAAGGUUCUACGAAUACACGCUUAAGGGGGAAGUGAGCCGGGGAAAAGACCACCAAGUGCAGGAUGAUGAGAUGCUGCGAAAGGUGACCUUUGACCCAGAGGUGUUUUUCAACAUUUUACUGCCUCCCAUAAUCUUCCAUGCAGGUUACAGUCUGAAAAGGAGACAUUUUUUCAGAAACAUUGGCUCCAUCCUGGCCUAUGCUUUCAUGGGAACUGUAAUAUCCUGCUUUGUUAUUGGGCUCAUCAUGUAUGGCUUUGUGUCCUUUAUGAAAGUUGUGGGUCAGCUUGGGGGGGAUUUUUUCUUUACUGACUGCCUCUUUUUUGGGGCCAUCGUCUCGGCAACAGACCCAGUGACCGUUCUGGCAAUCUUCAACGAGCUGAAGGUAGACGUGGAUCUGUACGCUCUGCUGUUUGGGGAGAGCGUUCUCAACGAUGCUGUGGCGAUCGUCCUCUCGUCCGUUCUCCUGCGCUUUGAAAAGCAGAGCAGGCAGGGAGCUGUUCACUCCGCUGGAGAGGACAGCUCAGUUAUGCCUGAGGAGAUUGAAGAAUGGCUGGGAGAAAACCAGACAUUUAUUCCUCGCUCCGUUGUGGCCUACCAGCCUGCGGGGGACAACAGCCACAGCUUCGAAGCCAUGGCUGUGCUGAAAUCCUUCGGCAUCUUCCUGGGUGUCUUCAGUGGAUCUUUUUCUCUUGGUGUGGCUACUGGAGUCAUGACUGCUCUUGUGACAAAGUUUACUAAGCUGAGGGACUUCCCUUUACUGGAGACUGGUUUAUUUUUCCUGAUGUCCUGGAGCACCUUUCUGUUGGCAGAGGCCUGCGGGAUGACAGGUGUUGUGGCGGUGCUGUUCUGUGGGAUCACGCAGGCUCAUUACACCUACAACAAUCUCUCUCGUGAUUCUCAAGACAGGACUAAACAGUUGUUUGAGCUGUUGAACUUCCUGGCAGAAAACUUCAUCUUUUCCUACAUGGGUUUGACGCUCUUCUCCUUUCAGUCGCAUGUUUUUAACCCUCUGUUCAUCAUCGGAGCCUUCUUGGCCGUAUUUCUGGGCAGGGCUGCAAACAUCUACCCCUUAUCCUUCCUGCUCAAUCUAGGCCGCAGAAACAAGAUCGGAAUGAACUUUCAACAUGUUAUGAUGUUUGCAGGUCUGCGUGGGGCGAUGACUUUCGCUCUGUCUAUCCGGGACACAGCCACUUACGCCCGUCAGAUGAUGUUUUCAACCACCCUGCUGAUUGUGUUCUUCACUGUGUGGAUCUGUGGAGGGGGCACUACGCCCAUGCUGUCUUUCAUGAGCAUACCAGUGGGAGUGGAUUCUGAUCAAGAACACUCCAGUUCAGCUGUGUUGGAUGGGUCGCAGAGGAGAAGCACCAAACAUGAGAGCGCCUGGCCCUUCAGGAUCUGGUAUAACUUCGACCACAACUACCUGAAGCCCCUCCUGACUCACAGCGGGCCCCCGCUCACUACUACUCUGCCAGCUUGCUGUGGCCCCCUGGCACGAUGCCUCACCAGUCCACAGGCCUAUGAGAACGAAGGGCCGCUUCGCGACGAUGACUCCGACUUCAUCCUGAACGACGCCAACGUCAGCUCCAUGUACGCCGACGUCACCGUCAGCACCGACGCAUCCGGGUCCCGCACCAUCAACCCCAAGCACUCCAGCGCCGGGUCGUUCAACGAUAGCCGGGAUGGUGAGCGGGACCCGGUGGAGCGAGACGUGGUGAUACGCGGCACGCGGCUUGUCCUGCCGAUGGACGACCCUGCGGAGCCCCCAACAACCGUCACCCUCCCGCCUCCGCCCUCGCCCCCACUCUCCGAACCUCACAGGCACAGACUGUAAGAUGGGAUUUGAUGUUUAUGUUGCAAAAGAAAAAAACAAAUCAAAACAUAGUUCACAUGUAAGAUGAAUCAGUCUUUGAUCUAAUAUUUCAGUGUUGACUGGACCAGCAUUGUGUCUAAGAAGCAGUUGGAAAUCAGUUUCACCAUUUCCGAUAUGAGCCGUGCUUGAUUCAGUUCAACAUGAUGGUAGAAUAUUGUGAUCUUGAUUAUUAUUGCACUACAUGUAGACUAAAAUCCUCAGUCUGCCCUCUACAGGAGGCUUCAAUGUGUGGCUGUCGUCUGAGCUGAUUCAGUUUUACUACUGUGGUCUCUUAAAGCUCCAACUUUCUCUGCGUGUGUUGUUCAACCACUAAAACUGGUGUAAAUGUUGGGAUUUCUGGGGUUAUGUUCCCUCUAAUGAUUUUGUCUCUAUCUAACUAAUUAUUUAUUUUAAAGUUCACAACCACUCAGAAGAUUAUUCACUCUACAUUUGGGAAACAAAUCAUUUUUCCUCUUAACUUCUUCUGUCAGUUUGUUGUAACUUCGUCAAAUGAAGGUUGGGAUUCUCAGCAGAUAAGAAUAGAAAUAUUGUUUAAUGAGACUAUUUGGUACGUACAGUUCAACCAGGAAGUUUACAUUCACUCAUCAUCUGCAUUAUUGUAUUUUAUUUGGAUCUUAAGAUGUAUUUGAACAUUUUUUUUCCAGGGCGGAAUGAUUAUGCAACAAUUAACUUACACUCCCCUUGUUGAUUAUCUUGGAUCAACACGAGGCCUGAACAUAGACAUACACUCUCACUAAUAUUUUGCGUAAUAAUGCAUUUUAGUAAGCUGCAGAAAAACUACUUGCUAUUUAAUUUUAGAUAUCAGUUUGACAUAUCUGACUGGAUAUUUGAUCCCUCUUUUUAUUAGAAGUGGAAAAAAUCAUUUGAAUUGGUUUGUUUUUGAGAAUGUAUUGAACAAUGAAGCACAGUCCUUGAGAUGCAGAGGAAUACGUUGUCAGAAGCUUAAUGUUGGUCAACUUUAUCCAUUUCCAAACCUGUUCUGAUGUCUGCUUUGGAUCAUUUACCUGAGAAAAGUUUGAUAUUCGGACAAGACAAAUAUUGAUCUGCUUAAGUUUAAAUCACUGUACCAUAUUACAAGCAAGGAGUUGGCAGUAUGGUGCUGAGUGUUAGACUUUUGUUUUUCAAACUUGUUGAAUUCACCUGCAUCUGUGAAAGCCCAAAAUGAAUGAUGCUCAUGACGAGUUUAUGUGAACAUCUGAGUGAAGGUCAAAGGAGCAACACCAAGUAAUGCACUUAGAGACAAGUUAUAGCACUGCCCACUUGUUUGAAUCUUGAAUCUUUUUAACUACUGAUUUAUUUAUUUAACAGAAACAUUCUUGAUCUCUAUAAUCAUUUUUUCUACUUAUUAUUUAUUGUGCAGAUUUUCAAUCAUUACUGCCAAGUAGUGAACUCCUUGUUUUCUUAAAAAUAAAUAAAAGCGCACUACAUUUUUCCCACAUGGUAUCUUUUGCAUUGAAGUCUUCUUGAAAGAGGAUGGAAAUAUUUUCUUAUUCCAGGCGUUUGUAUGCUUACCAUACUGUAGCAUAUGCUUUUACUUUUUACUUUCCAGCCAGAUCUUCCCUGAGUGUUUGUUUGUUUGUUUUAAUAUGUGUCAUCAGAUUUUUUAUAAUUAUUAUUAGGGCUAAUGCUUGUUUCUGGGUUUAUGCUUCCAUCUGGUUGAAGUUUCUUAAAAAUGCACAAAAAGAACAACAAAAAAAAAAGUACUGAGCAGGUCUUUGUGAUUUGUUGUCACCAUUGAUGAAAAGAGGCUGGCUGAACUGUUUUGAACUUAAGUGCCUAUUCAGGAACUGUUUUUGUACAUAUUUUGUUUUGCUCAUGUGCAGUAAGAUUAUCCUAUAUGAAUAUCACAUCUUCUGAUUGAUGCCAGAUACUACAGUAUUCCCUGUAUAAUUUAACUAGAGUUUUCCCAUCUGUCUGUGCUUUUACUGUUAAAUCUUUUGUCUGUGAAUCUGAAAGAUUGAAUACUUACAUUUGCAGACAAUAACCUGACUCUUACAGUGUAUGCAUAUUUUUUGAGAAAGCUUCCAAAUGAAGUGACAUGAAAAAAGUCACUAAACUUUCACUGAUAAUGGAUGAAAAAGGAACAAAAGGGAAGGUUUUUUUUACUUUAGUUUAUUCUAUAGUUUAUUCUUUGAAAUCAGUCAAAAGUUUUUGUUGAACUAUAACUCUGUAAGAAUUUUUUUCUUAUUUCUAUUGAAGUGAAAGUUGACUGUGAUGUCAUAAAAAGUGUGUCAUCUGUAAUUCUGCGCAUGUGUUUCUGCUUUCAUUUGGCGGUAUUUUAAUGUGCGUUGAGUUUCUGCAUUUCUCCAUAUGUUCUCUCACAUUUAUCUACUUGGGAGUAUAAAAAAAAACUGGAAGAUAUAAAACUGAAUUUGUGAAAAUAAUUUAUGUUUCUGCUGAUUGUGGAAACUGUAUUUUUGAGUACACAGGUUUUAUUUACUUUUCAAGAAGCAAACUGUAAUCCUGAAGUAAUUGUAUCACCAGUUUAACAUCCUACAGGUGUGGAGACAAAUAAAAUCACAUUUGAAGCUGA